UCCUGAAAUACCUCAUAAAUACGAUUUUCAGCCGAAACAAAAGGAAAGCAAAAGCAACCUUAAUAUAACACAGAAGAUGUAUUAAAAUUUUUGGUUAAUUUCGGUACCCAACUGUCUAAAAGACCUCGAAGCCGAUUGAAGAAUGGACUGCGAGAAACGUGACACCACAAGCAAUGCCGGUGACCACAGGAUCGAUCCGACGGUGAAUGUCGAAGAUCUUAAGGUGGAAACCACGCUGGAGAUGGAGAUUGAGGAGGCUCUGUCCUCUAGUAGCGCCGAUGAUACUCCUCCCGGAAUGAUCGUGGUGGAGACCCGCAUCAGUUCCUGGGAAAAGGUGGAGUCCUUUAAGAAGGAGGAAUCUAUAGAGGAUACGGAGGUUCCAGAGCUACCGGCCUGCUCCGUUUCCCUGGGCCUUAAGCCAAAUGUCCAGUUCCAGAAGCUGCCGCAUCCUCCCAAUCCUCACCUGGUCAGCACCGAGGCAGCCCUGGCCGCCGCCACCUGCUCCGCCUAUGCGUCUGCAUCACCAUCACCCAAACCCACGACCACGGAGUCCAUUGCCACAUUGCGUCACUGCAUCGAUGGAGCCACCCAGUGCAACAACCUGGGCUACGAGUCCGUUUCCGAUGACUCCAUGCCCUCGGUGGGAUCGCUUGUCUGCCGCAUUUGUCACAACGCCGAUAAUCCCGAACAACUCGUGUCGCCGUGUUUGUGCAAGGGCUCGCUGACAUAUGUCCAUGUGCACUGCCUGGAGCGUUGGAUUAGCACCUCGCGCUGCACCACCUGCGAGCUGUGCCAGUUUCAGUACAACACGGAGCAGACGCUGCGGUACACCUGUCUGCAGUCGCUGCGUCUGUGGUAUUCGCGGGCCAUGAGUCGCAGGGCGCUGCAGGAGGACUGCCAGAUGUUCUCGCUGCUCACCUUGGUGGCCUUUGGAAUCAUUGGGACGCUUUUAGUCGGCAUCCAGUACUACGCCCUGCACACCCACUCCUGGGGACUGAGCAAACUGUGGACCAAGUCCUGGAUGCUCUUCUUCCUGUUCAUGACGAUUACUGUUUACUUUGCCAACAUCUACAUGCUGAUCAAGUCACAGCUGACGCCGUGGUAUCGAUGGUGGCAGUCGGCGCGGGAUAUUAAGCUCAUCCUGGAGAACCGCCGCCCCUUUCCCAACCCGAGUCGCUUCCUGCGACCCUUUCAACUGGAGACGGCCUCGACUUCGCCCUCCAUGUUCACCCACCACGAUCAGCUGGAGGGACCCACCCCCAGCCGAGCGCCGGCGGCCAUUUUGAUCAGUUCCAGCGAGGAGGAGGCGGUGGGGUCGGGGGGCCAGAAGUGGGGCACUCGGCUGGACAGCGAUGUCCUUGCCGCUGUGGUGGCGGCGACCGUGGAAUCGAUUGCUGACGCAAGUGCCCGCGAGAGUGACAAGCAGCAGCAGCAACAUCAAGAAGAGCAACAACAGCAGCAACAGCAACAUCAGCCACCGGAAGGCGGCAACUGAAAGGGCAAUGUCGAAUAGUGGACUCCAGGGGAUGAGGAUUCUAGAGAGAGAAGGUAGUCCACCCAAGUAAUUAAGGCUCAAGGGCAAGGAUUUCGCUGGGCUCUCGCUUGUUUGCGUGUCAUUUGUUUAAUGUAGUUUCAAUGCUUUUAAUGAACUUUCCCAAUGAGGAGAGCUCGCAUUAAAUGGGUAAACUUGA